UCGGUCCCCGCGCGCGCUGCAUCCCGGAGCUCUCAGUCCCCGAGUCGCCGCCGCUGCUCGCGUUGGGUUGGGCGCAUCUCUCUCAGUCACGCUCCAGCCCCCCUGACAACCCCGAGACCCUCCGGGACGCCUCCGCUCCCUGCUCGACACACUGUCCUCGCUGCGGCCUCGCAGCGAUGGCCACCAAGAUCGACAAAGAAGCUUGCAGAACCGCGUACAACCUGGUGCGCGAUGACGGCUCGGACGUCAUCUGGGUGACUUUUAAAUACGACGGUUCCACCAUCGUCCCCGGGCCGCAGGGAGCCGAGUAUCAGGAUUUCAUCCAAGAGUGCACCGAUGACAUUCGACUCUACGCCUUUGUACGCUUCACCACGGGGGAUGCCAUGAGCAAGAGGUCCAAGUUCGCCCUCAUCACCUGGAUUGGCGAGAACGUGAGCGGACUGCAGCGGGCCAAGACGGGCACCGAUAAAAGCCUGGUGAAGGAAGUGGUACAGAACUUCGCGAAGGAGUUUGUGAUCAGCGACCGGAAGGAGCUAGAAGAAACGGCUAUCAAGAACGAGCUCAAGAAGGCGGGAGGCGCCAACUACGAUGCCCAGACAGAGUAGUCCCACCCAUCCUCGGACCCCAUGGCCAUCUGCCUGUGCCCCCUGCCACGGCCCAGCCUGCCUGGGACAGGAGACCCUGGGGGCAACUCCUGCUCCCUAGGAUUCCCCAUAGGCCUGUCUCAGCUUUCAGCCCUUCCCUGAAUCCCUAUCCUUGUCCUCAAGAAAAGGGCCUGCUGCUCCUCCAUUAGAUCUAGGGGCUGUCUUGGGGUGACCUCCCUUUUCCUGGCUUUGCCCUGAGACACCAUAGGCUGCCUGGCGCCUCUAUCCUGGACCUCACUGCCUCAGGGCCUGCACCGCCCUCUGGCCUAUCUCACCUGCUGUCCACCUGGUGCCCAGCAUGGCUGCCUCCAAACACACGCCUGCACCCCCUCAUCAGGCCGACUCCCUGAGAAAGGUCCUACCUGACUUGGUUUCCUGAGCUGCAUGUCUGAUCAGUGUAAGAUCAGCUGCCAGUGCUCAGGCCUGACUCAGAAAUUUGCCUUAAAAUCACUGGGCAGUGCACGGCCCCCCUGAGAUGUGAGCCAGGCCAGGAUGGGGGCAAAGUUAAAGGACCUUUCAGGCUUGACUUCAGGGUCCCCAGGUCGGUGAGGGUGUCAUGAGGUUUCCCGCAGAACAUGGCCCAUGUUGAGCAGCUGGGGGCAGAGACUGUGCUUUGGCAAGCCCCGGAGCCCCCUGGUCCUCCCGAGCGCCCCCAGCUCCUGGGUUUAUUUUUCCUUCUCCAGAAGGAACGCCUGGGUUCAUUCCUGUGUAGCUUCCAGGGCCCUUUUCUUUCCCUCCUUCCCCGGUUUGUUUGUGGGGUUUGGGGGGCUGCUGAGCUGUGUCAGGCCCGGAAGAACAUUCGCAUUCAGUUUACAGAAAUAAAUGGUCAUUUGUUUUUU